AGUAAACUCAUUUAGAUCAAGGAAUUACCCGUUUCGCCCCAAACCGACUUCCAUAAUCUAUUUCUACGAUUCUAAGGCGGAGCAAGGUUAAUUGCAGAUGGAGGAGACCGGUGUAGCCAUGUCGGAGAAGACAGAUACUACUACUAGCAGAGACAGCGCUUCAAUGGAAUCGACGAUGGAGAGAUUGUCUCAUUUAGAGAACCUCUACUUUCCUAGGGCUCAACAAUCCUCCGCUCUCCUUCCUUCACAACGUAAAUCUAUCCUCCAAGAUCUUUACUCCCGCGACGUCCCUGUGUUUUUAGAGCGCUAUGGAUCACUACUAACAUUGGAAGAGCUUAAGGAAUUCGAUACAUUAAGUGAUGAUUAUGAAAUCAAUUGGCAUCUAAAUCAUCUCCGAAGCUUGAUUAACCCAACAUCCGAGGAUUUGAAAUCAAGAUCUGCAAAGAUAAAGAAUCGGAGGCGUGCAUACAUGGAUAAACUGAUGUUCGAUGGGAAAUUCUUCUCUGAGGAUGCAAUGAGGGAUAGAGAACCUUAUCUACACCAUGAAUUUGUGGGGAAAUUUCAAGAUCAAAGUGGAAGACGCAUGGCUAGACCUGGGGAAAGGUGGUCAGAGACAUUGAUUAGGAGGGCUGAGGAAGCACUUUUGGUGGAGAAAAUUAGGCGGGAACAGCAGAGAUUGGGUGUUGAUGAAAGAGAGUGGGUGGGGAAUGAGAGACAACAAGAAGAACAAGAAGAAGAGGAGGAGGAAGAAGAAGAAGAGGAAGAGGAAAUGGAGGAAGGAAAUGAUGGUGAUGAUAAUGUUAAUGGAAAGAUGCAUCAACGUGAGGUUCUCCCAGAUGACAAGGGUAAUUUAGUCAAUGCAGAAGCAUCAGAAGCUACAAGUAUAUUAUCAACCGAAGAGAUGGAAGAUCGAAUGGAUCAGUUUACACAUGUGAUGCAACAGAAGUUUCUUGCAGGUGAAGAUGAUGAACAUUUUAAUUACGUGAGUAUAGAUGAAGAUGAGACAUUGGAUGAUCAUUGGAUGAAGGAAGCUAAUUAUGAUGCUGAAGAGAAAUACUUUGCUGAUGUUUGAAAAGUCAAAGCCUCCUCCCAUAC